UUUUUUCCACCGAUCUGAACUGGACACCACCCCCCACCGCCACCGCCACCGGCCGGCCGGUCGUCGCGCGCCGCCCCCCCUCCACCACCUACCCGCCUCGUCGCCGUCAGUCUCCGCCCCUCGCCAUGGCGACCAACGGCAGCUCCCCGAGGGCGAGGGACACUGAGAGCUGCCUGGAGAAGGUGAAGCGGCAGCUCUCGUCGGGGUCCGGGAGGUACCUGCUGCAGGGGCCCCUGCUGAAGCGAUCUGAGACGUUGAGGAAAUGGAAUGAGAGAUGGGUAAUAUUAGACCCAACUUCAGGGAAGAUGGAAUACAAAAUUCGUAGAAAUGAAACUGCAAUUAAGGGAACCAUUCUAUUUGAUGCUUCAAGCACCAUUACUUUGUCUCCUGUUAAUUUCCAAGGGAUGCCAAAGUAUGAGAACUGCUGUUUCUACAUCGGAACUCCUCAGAAAAAGGAUUACUUUCUUUGUGCUGAAACUCCUGGUGCUGCAAAGGCUUGGGUCUCUACACUGCAUGCAACACAAUUAGUACUACGAGCACAUAAAGAAGCAGUAAAUUCUUUGGCUGGGAAUGGCUCUCCUGCUACAUUGGGCACAGUUGCUACAGCAGUUGCUAAUGCCAACGCAACUGCUUUGGAGGCUACCAAGGAGAUAGAGGCAGCAAUGAAAGUUUCAAUGAGGGCAGCUCUUGGGUUGGGGACAAACAAUUCUACAGAGGGUCAACUUGAUGAUCUAACUAUCAUGAAGGAGACUCUUCGGGUGAAAGAUGAGGAGUUGCAGAACUUGGCCAAGGAUAUUCGUGCCCGGGAUGCUACAAUUAAGGAAAUAGCAGAUAAGCUAACAGAAACUGCAGAGGCUGCAGAAGCUGCUGCUUCUGCAGCUCAUACGAUGGAUGAACAGAGAAGAGUUCUAUGUUCAGAGAUUGAACGCCUAAGGCAAGCAAUGGAAAGACAAAUGGAACAAUCGAUGCUUAAGCUAAGACAAUCUGAAGAAAAGGUAAUUAGCUUGAGCAAAGAGAAGGAUCAAUUGCUGAAGGAAAGAGAUGCUGCACUUCAGGAGGCUCAUAUGUGGCGCACGGAGCUAGGGAAAGCUAGAGAGCAAGCAGUAAUACAAGAAGCAACUAUUGCCAGAGCAGAUGAGAAGGUAAGGGUGUCUGAAGCAGAUGCUGCAGCUCGGAUAAAGGAAGCUGCUGAAAGGUUACAUGCUGUUGAGAAAGAAAAAGAGGACCUUCUAUCCCUUGUUGGCAUUCUUCAAUCACAAGUCCAGAGAGAGCAAAGCAGCACAAAGCUGGUAUGCGAAGAGAGAACUGAAUCGUGCUCCGGUGCCGACGACUCCCCUCCCUUGACAAAACACGUUGAUGCGUCAGAUGAUGAUGUUGACAAAGCUUGUGUAAGCGACUCGAGAUCAGUCCUGGUCUCCAAUGAUAACACUGAAGUCCAGCUCGCAGUUGAUGGGGUGGACAUACGCCCUAUUGGCGAUGCGGAAUGGGGUAGUUUCCAGCAGUCGGAAGCAUUGAUCGCCGAUGUGCGGGAGGUCUCCCCGGAAUCAGAAGGCGGCAGCUUGGAUAUUCCUGUGGUCAACCCCCCACCAGUGAGUGAUCAUAUCCAGGGGGGUGCAACUCACCCUUGAAGGAGUUUGCAGCGGUGCCUGGUUGUAUGUCCAUUGUAUUUAAAACCAUACGACUCAAAUAAAAGAUAGCUGUGGUCGUUUGUGUGUAAAUUAUUGGUUCAAGAUUUGAA